AUGGAGAAGAAAAGGAGAAGAUCCGAGAGCCCAGUGGAGGACCCAGCUACAGGAAAAAAGAUAAAACUGAAGGAUUUAAGGAUUUGCCUAGAACGUCUAAAGCAAUAUCCGCUGAGAAGAAAAAGAUCGAGAAGUCCGGAGGAGAACCCAGCUGCAGGAGAAAAGAUAAAACUAAAAGAUUUAAGGAUUUGCCUAGAACGUCUCAAGCAAUAUCCAGUGAGAAGUAAAAGAUCAAGAAGUCUGGAGGAGAACCCAGCUGGAGGAAAAGAGAAGGUUAGAGAGGACGCCAAAACAUCGCAGUACCUCGAUAUUAAAAAUUACAGCCUUAUUAAAGAACUAGGAGAAGGCAACUUCGGCAAGGUGGUGUUGGCAUCAUAUAAAAUCAAGAACCAACUAACUGCAAUCAAGAUCAUUGAGAAGCAGCAAGAGGAAGAUUUCAAAUAUGUCAGACGAGAGGCAUCGGUUCUCCAGAUUGCUAGCGGAUGCCCAUUUCUAUGCCGGGCAAUGGCAACAUUCCAAACUAAGUCGCUAAUCCUGCUAGCCCUGGAGUACGUCAGUGGCGGAACACUGGAGAACAUCAUCGAGGACCGAGGACGUCUGAGUGACAAGCAAGUGCUGUUUUAUGCUUCAGAAUUAGUGGUGGGUAUACAGUUCCUGCACAAGAACGGGAUCAUUCAUCGUGACCUCAAACCAGAGAACAUAUUGGUGGAUGAACAGGGCCAUGUGAAGAUCGGCGAUUUUGGCCUUGUUUGCACCGGUAUGUAUGGAGCAAACACACGGUGUGACUAUUACGGAACACCAGGAUACACGGCACCACAGGUUUUAUUAGAGGAGCCAUACGACGCUGGAGCUGACUGGUGGUCUUUCGGAGUCAUCUUGUAUGAAAUGGCCACCAAUAGGUUACCAUUCUCACCGAAGGGAAACUUGAAAAAACAGGUAGAAAGCAUUAUCAACAAAGAGCCUGAAUAUCUAGACUCCCUUUCUACCAAACUGCGUGACCUCAUAAAACAGCUCUUGAAGAAGAAGGCCAACCAACGCCUUGGGGUGAAUGGCAACAUCCGGGAUCACCCGUUUUUUUCCACUGUCGAUUGGUCAAAUGUGGAGGAAAGAAGAUUAAAGCCUCCUAUAAAACCAAGUCAUGAAUCAGCCACGGGGUUCAUCAAGAAAUACAUCCCAUUCCCGAAAGAGGACCCCAGCGAGACCCGUAUGCUCGAGGGGUUCAAUUACGUGGACCAGAGCUGGCUGGAGUAAUGAGUAGCUGUGCCGUCGGCAAGUCAUCCAAUCCAAGUACCGUGCAACAUUCCACCAGAACACCACUAGCACCUCCACUGCUUCAUCCUGCAUAUCUGGUAAUGUAUGACAUUCUGACAACAGCAAAGGUGAGCAAAUACUGUUAAUUACCAUCUUACUGUCCUUACCUUACAAUUACAACACCAGAAAAGGCACUUCUCCCCAAAAUGCACCAUCUUGCAGGUUAGUAGCACUGUGGCCAACAUCACCACAGAAAGCACUUACAGCUGCAUUUAAUAUC